CGCCCGCUCGCCGCUCUGCCUUCGCCAGCUGGCCCCGCCCACUGUAGGUGUGUGAGGGCGCGCGCGUGUCUCUGUGUUUUCAACCUCACCGAAGUGACAAGUGAUAAAUAUUGAGGAAGAAAAGUGCGCCCGCCCGUCUGCCACCUUUACAAAUUGAUCCAAGGAUCCAGUCCGCACCCUAACCCCCUGCCCCUGCACCUUUUCCUUCUCCCCCUCAGCCUCCACCGCAAUAGACAGCGGGCGAUGGAUUAAUCAGAGGCUGCUGGACCCCGAGCGUCGAGUUGUCAAAAGCGCGGCGAGGCGGCGACCGCUGAGGUAACAAGACCGGUGCACCGGCGGUGCUGCGACAACAACAUCAUCAGCACCAGUACCAGUAUCAGCAGCAACUCCUCGCCCUCUGCCUGCCAUGGCUCUCGUAACGGUGCAGCGUUCGCCCACCCCUAGCGCCGCCUCAACGGCCAGCACCGCAACCACCAACGCGGGAGAGGAUUUUGGGAGUGAUGAUGAACGCAGAUUAAACCAGAGCUUAAGUGAAAGCUUCUUUAUGGUGAAAGGGGCUGCUCUGUUUCUACAGCAGGGUAGUACUCUACAAGGUCAGAAAGUGCACUCUCAUCACAAACAUGCAGGUGAUUUACCCCAGCAUCUUCAAGUGAUGAUCAAUCUUCUUAGAUCGGAAGACAGAAUUAAACUGGCUGUGCGAUUAGAAAGUGCUUGGUCUGAUAGAGUCAGGUACAUGGUGGUGGUUUAUACUAAUGGUCGACAGGACACAGAGGAAAAUAUUCUGCUGGGCAUGGACUUCACAAGCAAAGAGAGAUGUUGCACAAUUGGAAUGGUACUGCCCCUCUGGAGUGACACCAAGAUUCACCUGGAUGGUGAUGGAGGCUUUAGUGUGAAUACAGCAGGAAGAACACACAUCUUUAAGCCUGUGUCAGUGCAAGCCAUGUGGUCUGCUUUGCAGAUUCUCCACAAAGCCUGUGAGAUUUCCCGAAGGUACAACUAUUAUCAGGGCAGUGUAGCUCUCACAUGGAUGAGUUACUAUGAAAGUUGUAUCUCUUCUGAGCAGAGUUGCAUCAAUGAGUGGAAUGCCAUGCAGGAUUUGGAAUCCACUCGGCCAGACUCGCCUGCUAUGUUUGUUGACAAACCCACAGAGAGAGAGAGAACAGAGCGUCAAAUUAAAGCUAAACUCCGCAGCAUCAUGAUGAGCAAAGACCUGGAAAAUGUAACUUCUAAGGAGAUACGCAAUGAACUGGAGCAGCAUAUGAACUGUAACCUGAAAGAGUACAAGGAAUUUAUUGACAAUGAAAUGCUGCUGAUCCUUGGGCAAAUGGACAAGGCCACGCUGAUUUUUGAUCAUGUGUAUCUGGGAUCUGAGUGGAAUGCCUCCAACUUAGAGGAACUGCAGAGCUCAGGUGUUGGCUACAUACUCAACGUAACCAGAGAAAUUGAUAACUUUUUUCCGGGCUUGUUUUCAUAUCACAACAUACGAGUGUAUGAUGAGGAAGCCACUGAUCUUUUGGCCCACUGGAAUGACACCUACAACUUCAUAGUUAAAGCAAAAAAGAACCAUUCAAAAUGUCUUGUUCAUUGCAAGAUGGGUGUAAGCCGCUCAGCAUCUACAGUCAUAGCCUAUGCUAUGAAAGAGUAUGGGUGGUCGCUAGAAGUAGCAUAUAACUAUGUCAAGCAGAAGCGAAGCAUUACACGUCCAAAUGCAGGCUUCAUGAGACAGCUGGCAGAGUAUGAAGGAAUCUUAGAUGCAAGUAAACAGCGGCACAAUAAAUUAUGGCGUCCUGACUCUGAUUCAGAAAUGGCGGAUGGUCAGCAAGCCUGUUUGCAACUUGAUGAGGCUGGUGAAAACCCAUCUGAGUUUACAAUUAGACCACCUGAUGAGCUGUGGGAUGUAGAUGGAGCAAGACCUUCACCAAGUAGGACAAUAGGUGUUGAAGUGGAUCCUGCUGAUCCACCCAAUUAUAACUAUUACUUCAGGAGACUGUCCGAUUCUGCAUUGGACAGUGAACCUUCUACCCCUGUGCGAGCCCCGCCACUACUAGACAUGGAUCGAGUUUAUAUUGAAAUUGAAGAUGUUGAAAGAGAUGCACUACUAGAUGAUGAGCCGUUUGAAGGUAGAGAGUGUUCUCUACAUCAUUUUGCUGUUGCUAGUGAAGGUACAGCUGCUCAGACAUGUCGAUUUGAACCAUUAGAAGCUGAAAUUCGUAGGAAGCUGGAUUUUGGCACUGUAGAGGAGGAGGAUGAAGAGGAGGCAGAAGCAGAGGUUGCUUUGUUAAUGGGACCACAACGUGAAGGGGGAAACAUUGGUGAAGGUGAGGAGAAUAGUGCACAUGUCAAAGAAGAUAUACAGGCUCCCCGCUGCUCUUCCAUUGAAGAACAAAACAGGCUUAACAACAAAAAUUCAAACAAUAACAACAGUCUCAGUAGCAAACGGAGCUUUCAAGAAGGGUCUGACGACAGUGCUAACAUCAGAAGUAUCCACAAAGUCAAGCCUUUAUAUUGGGUCUGUACAGAAUGCAUGCCUUCCCCUAGCCAUCUGUGCUGUGAAUCCAUGAAAAUCAACCAUUCUCAGAGCCUUAACCCAGUUCAACAGAGUGGCAAUUGUACCUUGGGGAAUCCUGUAAUGCGUCCCUUGUCAGGUGUGGUUAAAAAGUCAUUGGGAAACUGUGCUAUCUGUGGCAUUACUGCAUCAGAAUCCUUUUUGAAAACCUGCCAUCAAAAGGUGGAUCCAGUAAGCUGUGAUGGCUUUAUUGAGAAUGUGCAGGCACGCUGGGAGUCUAGUUUCUUGACAAAAAUUGGAGAACUUAAUGAAAAAGCUCCAAAGAAUAUCAAAGACCUUAAACUGCUUAAAAUCAGUCUAGAUGAAGAAAAGCCCGUGGUGGCUAGCUACUUAAUGCAACAUCAGGAAUCCAUAAUUCAGCUUCAGAAAGCUGGCUUGGUCAAGAAACACGCUAAAGAGCUAGAAAAGCUGACCAACAUAGCAGUGGAUAACAGCAAAGCAUCAGUACAACUGAGAGAUGGUGAACAUAUGGAUUUCACUUCUGAACAUGAGAGUCUUCUCACAGGAAGCCAGAAAGACGUACAAGUUGAUUUUGUGAGUAAGGUGUGUGAACCAAAUCAGCAGCAGACUUCCACACCACAUUCUGGCCACCUGAGUACCCCCCUGUGCCUGACUAGAGAUCUCCUGAAGACUGUGGGUGGACAGACUCCUACAUCUUCUCCCCAUGGCUCAACUUUGACCCGGAGCUCUAGCAGUGAUAGCAUUCACAGCAUACGAGGAAAGCCAGGUCUUGUCAAACAGCGUGCUCAGGAGAUAGAAGCCAGGCUUCGUCUGGCUGGACUCACUGUGUCUUCCAGGCUGAAGCGAUCCAACUCCCUGGCCAAGCUGGCCAGCCUCAACUUUUCUUCAGAUGACCUUUCUUCCAUUGGUUCCUCUGCAGAAUGUAAUGUCACCUUUAUAAGUAGGUCAGCAUCCAGCAAAGAUAGUCGUAGCUGGCAGCUGAGUAGUGUUCAGCGCGAGACAAAAAAAACGUUUAUGAGCAGCUUCUUAAAAUCACCUCUUGAGGUCAGCACCUUCAGUCCUGGUAGCUGAUGUUCUAAUGUAAAUUUGAGUUUUAAUGAGCAUGAUGGGUACAACAAGAGUUUGCAAACUUGAAAUGUAAUUACAGGAAGAAUACAAAGAUUAAAAAUUAUGCAUUAUGUGUAAAUAAUUUCACAAGGUAUUUAAAAAAAAAAAAAAAGAAUCUCUAAAUACUGUUAUUUAUAAGUAGUUAUGGACAUCAAGGAUUUCACAUGGAGGUGAUUGUCUUUAAAGUGACUAUAAUAGAAUAGUGGGGCCCUCUGAAGCCGCUGUGAAGUUCACAAUGCGCACGUGAUGUGUGUAGUUUUUAUUAGUGAUGCUCUUUUAAUUUAACCAGCCGUGAACAGUGCAAGAUUGGGCAUGGUGAUUUAUGUCAAGAUUUUACCUGCUGUAAAAAUAUAAUAUACUCCAAAACUUCAACAACACAUACAGGAACUGUGACAUAACCUCUGUUGUAAAUACAGUUAGAGUUAACUCAUUGUCUUGAGAAGCAUGGGUUUAAUCAGCUUUGAUAGGUCUCAUGCUAGCCAAUGUGUGGAAGGGUAGAUUGCAGAGGGCUAAAUGAAUGUACAGUAUACGCUGCUGCUUUCAGUUUCUGAAUGUAUUAAUAAAUGGUAUAAAGUUUAGUGAAGAGUAUCUGGCUUGCAGGAGCCCAAGCGAGUGAGACUAGCUGUACUGUAUCAUGUGCCAUUUUCAUCACAGCUUCAUAUCUGUAAUGGGGCAGGUAGCUUGAAGGCUGAAUUAUAAGCUACAGUUAAAGAAAUCUUAUUACCUAAUGUGUUCAGGUUGGUUAGGUCUCUGAUCAGUUGAAAUUAAAUAAUGCAGCAUCCAGUGAUACAUUUUCAAAUGCGUAAAAGCCUCUUCUGUGACCAGUGGCAAACUGCGAUCAGACGUGCUCGAUCAUUUUUCUUUUACUAUUUUGAUUUUCAUCCACUGACCCUUAGUAGCUGACAGCUCUCUCUACCUCCAUUAUUUCACCACUGUGGUGCUAGUCUUAUUUUUCAGGAAAAUAGUGCUACUGUUUACUGUGUGCUUCAAUCACUAAAUCGCAAGCUCUUCAAGCAGUUUAGUUAAAGUGGUUGUGGAAUAUUUGUGGAAGGUUAUACUAAGGCAUAAGUAGAGGUCCACUACUUCAAGGGUGUUUGCCACUUGAGGAGUAAACAACCUAUUAAACAGUUCCAGCAGAUAUCGAAUUAUGUGGAAUAUUUAGAAUAUUUCAAUAUUUAUGUUGAACCUUUGAAGUCCAAAAAACUACAUACAUGGACAUGUAAUUUCCAGACCAGAAUUGGAGUGAAAGAAAUAUUUUGGAAUGUCCUGAAGCUCUUUUGAGUUAAAGAUGUGUUGCUACACAUACUUUUGAAAUUUUAGCUUAUACAUUUUUAAAAUUCACACUACCCUGAGUGUUAAUGUGAAAAGCUGCUCCACCACAUAUUCAAGCAUUUGGUGUGCUUUUACUUACCGCAGUCUUUCCUCCACUUUAAGUAGGUUCUGUACUUCUUUGUCUUAUUGCACAUCUAAAAUGCCAAACCAGAGAUUACAUGAUUUUAUUAAGCUCUAUAUUUUUGUCACCUCAGCCUCAAUUAUUGUAUAGUUUAAUUUUAUUAACACAUUCCCCUCUCCUGUUAUUUGCGGUAGAAUACUUUUCCAGUUGAGGCAGAGAGAAAUUCAUUCUUUGACCAUUUUUCCCUUUUCAUGAAAACAGACGUGGUUUUUCAUUUGUUGAGCUAGUUAAAGUUUGCCAUGUCUUCUGUUAGUCUGGCACAAUUUAAAGUAUCUAUUACUCAUUCCUCCCAUAAAUUGCUAUACUCUUAUUAAACUUUCACCUGUUCUAAAUGAUGUAAAAGUAAUAGGAACCAGAAACACAAUGUAUGUACUUUAUGAGCUAUGCCAGUUCUAGCUUUGCUUUAAUUGUGUUUUACCAUCACUAAUGUUCGUUAUCUUAAUGGGAUGUUCACCUUAUUCACUAUUCUUAAAAUCUGGUGAAAUAUGCAUUUUACGCCCAGCAUAUUAUCCUCUGUAGUCAAGCUUGGAGAAUUCAAAAGACAGAAGACCAUUGUAAUUUGCACUUUUCAGUUUGGUUGUAUCACUACUUUAGCUAGUACUGCAGAUUUUUGUUAGGCAAUGUAGGGCAUUUAGGGUCCUCUGAAUAAUUCUGAAUGUUUGGCACAAGUCUGAACUUGUGUCAUUGAUUGAUUGUUCAACAAGUCGUCCCUUUAAUGAACGUUCAUCUUAUUUAUGGGUUAGUGAGUCAAUCUAAAGGAGUGAUCAGGUACAAAAUUAUGCUGCUUUAGAGGCAAGAGUAAUGACAUGCAAUUUGGUCUGUCAUCUGGUACUCAUAAUAGGACACAAAUGGGUGGUGGAACUUGUGAAGAUGGUAGAAUUAUUACUUUUAAAGAGUGAUUUAUUGUUUAAAUACACUUGUUGAAUCACUGUACUGUACAAGAAAGUUCUUAAGCUUGCUGUGUGUUGAACUUUUUUCAUCUCACUAUUCUGAGUCUUAUUGUACAUCUGUGUAUAUAAUUUGGAUCACAGUUGACUGUUUUGCUAUUGUGCCACCAGGCAGAUCUGUGUAUGUGCUCGUGUAUGUAUUGUAUCCCAAACAGAAAAUACAAGCUACCCGUGAUUAUCAAGUAUACAAAUGGAACUGUCCCAGCAUCAAGUAAGCAGCAUUCCUAACUGAAAAUUAGUGAAGGAAAGUGCGUCAGUAUUUAAAUAUUUUCCACAGGUAUUCAGUUAGGCAAGAAUAGAUAAUUUAAUUUUAUUUUUCACUGUGUAUACAUACAUAUAUAGUAUAUACAUUUAUGUAUAUAUGUGUAUGUAUAAAUAUAUAAUAUAAUGUGUAUAUGUGUAAUAUAUAUGCACACUAGUAUACAAAUGUAAGAUCACGUCAAAUUGAGUAGGUUAUAAUAAAAAAAUCUUGUAAAUUUGUGUGAGCGUGUGUGUAUAAUGUGUUUGUGUAUCUAUUUAUAUAUUUGUGUGUGUGUAUAUAUAAAUAUAUAUGUGUAUAGCAGUAUAUAUAUGUGUAUAGUAAUAUAUUAAAUUAUAACAAAAUGAGUUUAUUCAUAUGUGUAUAUAUAAUUGUUUUUAUAUUCAUUUUGAGUUUGUAUACACAAUCCAUUUGUCCAUAUAUCAUAUUUUUAAUGUACAGGAUAUGUUUUUUCACUGUGUCUGUAUGGCUGGGUGUACGGCUGAGCACAUGCAAUGUAAACGAUAUAUCUGAACCUGAUGGAAUUCUACUAUAAUGCAUUUUUUAUGCAACAUUGUCUCCACCUAAUUGCUGUAUUAGACUAAUUGUAACAGUUACGUGUUUGGUCAGGUUAUGAUUGUACAUCUAGGAAAUUUCUGUCAGAAUGUUACCUGUAAACCGGUCACAGGUUUGUUCUCAUUAUAAAAAUGGCACAAGCACAGAUCUGGCCUCCACAAUCCUCCAGUCCCCUCUGUUCACUGAUGUAGCAGAUAGUCAGUAGGCAUUGUCUGUAUUCACAAAUCUAAUUCUGUACUCUGCAUCAUGGUGGCGUUUGUGUGUUUGUUUGCUGCUGACUUUUUCCCCAUUGUUUUUUUUUUUUAUUAUGGCAUUUUUUAAUAUAUUGUAUCAAUACACAAGUGCCUUAAAUCCAUACUGUCAUCAACAUUGUGCGUAGUUUAUAUAACCAUAAUCAUUGGUGCACUUUUCUGGCAAGAGAGUCAAAGAUGAGGAGGGUGGGACAUGUGAAUGGUGGCCCUGUUAUAUUUGAGAAAGAAAGCAACAGAGUUUUUUAUUGCUUUUAUUUUCAUCAGUGGUGUAAGGAGUGAGAGGAUAGGCAAUUGAAAGUUGGCCUCACUUACAUUAUAGUGUAUUAUCUGCCACAUUUGUUCCUAAACAUUAGUUAAUAAUUGCUACUAAACCCACAAGCUAAUACUUGCCAAUCAGCAGCUCUUUUGCUCAGUGAUGAUACUGUUAAAUUUUCAUCAGAUAUCAGAAAGUGACCAAAGCUAUCAGAGGGAGCUAAUGCAGAAGACUCCAAUAUCAAAUGACAGAUUGGAUAUUUGGUAUUGAGGUUUGUAGCUUUCCGUGUUGGAGGAGAUGUACUGUACCAGGAAGGAAAUAAAAUGUAAUUUGCACAAGUCAAGGAUCAGCACUGUCCCCAUGUGGCCAAAAUGACUGCAGUUUUUAUCACUGCAUCUUUCAGGAGCCCUAGGAGGAAAAGUAAAUUGUAUCAUUGGUGACUUUUUUAUGUUUAGUUUUUUUAUGUUUUUUUUUUUUUUUUUUUUUUUUUUUUGUGUGUCUUGAUGUUUUAAUGUAAUUUUUGAUUUUAUAUUUAUGUAUGCAGUAAAUUGUUUUUGUACUGUACAUUUACUGUACUUUGAAUGCAUAUUGCACUUUUUUAUAUUUGUUAAAAUGUACUGUAUGUGUUUAUUAUUAAAUAAACUUUUUCAUUCUGUAAUUA